AUGCAUAACGCCACCGUCAGCAAUACCCAUCUCGACGAGCACCAACGACUUCUCGCGUUGAGUUGGAGCUGGGUACAGCUUCGCCCCUGGACGACAGUACUCAUUCUGCUGCUCACCAACCUCGUCUGGACGAGAUACCGCAGCGGAUUGCGCCAGAUACCGGGACCCUUUCUGGCGAGCUUCUCCAACUUGUGGAAGCUACGGGCAACAUGGAAUCAGAACAUGCACCGGGAAAACGUGCGGGUGCACGAAGACUAUGGGCCUAUCGUGCGGAUUGGGCCUAACCAUGUCUCGGUGUCAGAUGCUGAGAGCAUGCAGACGAUUUACGGGGUCAAGAAUGUCUUUCCCAAGAGCGGAUUCUACCCCCUAGCAGAAGCAGUCUACAAAGGAAAAUUCCUCCCCACCCUCUUCACCACCACAAGCAACGACUACCACGCCAAGCUCAAACGCGGCUCCGCCCGCGCCUUCUCCAUGGACGUCGUGAUAGGCCUCGAAGAGUACGUAAACAAGUGCAUUUCCGUCCUCCUCCAGCGCGUCCGCGACGUCUCCCACAACGGCAAGAAGCCCCUCGACCCCGUAGCCUGGAUGCAGUACUUCGCCUUCGACGUCUUAGGCGAGAUCAACUUCUCCAAAGACCUCGGUUUCCUCGAAGCUGGCGCCGACAAAGACGGCAUCAUUGCCGCGAUUGGCCAGAUUCUAGGUUACGUCUCGUUGAUAGGACAAGUGCCGCAGGUGCACAAGUUCCUGCUCGGCAACCCCCUUCUCGCCAAGAUACCCGCCGUGGAGAAGACAAACCAAGUCCUCCAGUUUUCGCUGCAGCAGAUCCAAGAGCGGCAGAAGAACCCCGUGCCGAGGAAGGAUAUCCUCACCCAGCUCCUCGACACCCAUCACAACGACCCGUCCGCCUUGUCUUUUGAGGAAAUCGUCGCUAUUACCACGACCAAUGUCAUCGCCGGGUCGGACACCACCGCUGUUUCGUUGUCCUCGGUUAUCUACCAUCUGCACAAGUAUCCCGCCGCCAAAGCUAGGCUCAUCGAGGAGAUUGACUCCGUAGCCGCAAAGCUGGACGGUAUCAUCACUUAUGCGGAAGCUAUCAAACUCCCCUACCUUACAGCUGUUAUCAACGAAGCGAUGAGGAUCCACCCCGCCACAGGGUUCAUUCUUGAACGCAUUGUCCCCAAGGGAGGCGUGACACUUCACGGGGUCUACCUCCCCGCCGGGACAGUCGUGGGCGUGAACUCAUGGGUUCUGCACCGAAACAAGGAUAUUUUCGGGGAGGAUGUCCACUCUUUCCGGCCGGAAAGGUGGGUGGACGGGGAUGAGGGGAAGAUUAAGGAGAUGAAGAGGAAUUUGUUUACUUUUGGCUACGGCCCCAGAAGCUGCAUUGGCAAGAAUAUCUCCAUCCUGGAGAUGUGGAAGGUCGUGUUUGAGCUGUACCGCCACUUUGACAUAACUUUGGCCAGUGACAAGGAGUGGACUGUCAACGGGACUUGGUUUACGGCGCAGAGUAAUAUUGAGGCGGUUUUCAAGCCGAGGAAGAACUAG